CGACACUGAAACAUUUAUUAUGGCAAUUCAGAACCGUCCUGUAAUAUGGGACUCUCGUCUUCCUGAGUAUUCGAAUAAGAUUGCAAAAAGAAAGGCAUGGGAAGAGAUAAAUGAAAUAUUUAAUUCAGAAUUUGGAGAAAAAACAAAUAAAGAAAACAAUGCUUGUGCUAUUGAACUCCAGAAAAAAUGGAAAAGUUUAAAAGAUUGCUUUAACAGAGAACGGCUAAAGGAAAAAAACUCUCCCAGUGGGUCCGGGGCUAAACCCAGAAAACAAUAUGUUUAUUAUAAAUUAUUGACAUUUUUACAACCUUUGACCGAAAUCAGACCGCCAAGUCGACCUACAGUUACUGAGGAGGAGGAAAACGACUCCGAAGGCUGUCUGGAAUCUUUUGUUAUUCCAAAAUCAAAGAAGCUUAAAAAAAGUGAUGGCGAUGAUGAUGCACAAAACAAAUUGUACGAAAUUCUAACUGAGAAAUUGAACAAAGUCACGCCUACCAUUCAACAUCCAGAUCAACAUUUUUUACUUUCGCUUUUUCCACAUUUUAAUUCCAUAAAGGAAGAAUAUAAACUCGAUGCGAAAGCUGAAAUGAUAAAUUUGCUUCGCAAAUAUAACAAUAUGGCACAAACGUCUGCAUACACCAGUCACUAUGGAUAUCAGUCUGGAUACCAAAGCUACGACACAACUACUGCUCGUACAAGUACUGAAAGUAGCGUGUCGCAACUAAUAAAUAGCUACCCCUCGCCGCCAACGCCUGCUGGUGCCAAUGUCAAUACUGCAGGUAGUUCAUUGCAACAUAAUGAUAAUGAAAAUGAAUAUAAUUACAGUAAUGAUAAUUCUACACAAGAUUCUAUUAUCACAAACAUAUAUUCGCCGUAAAGUAAAAAGUAAGAAAUUACAAACCUGUUUAUGAUUAAUAUAGAAUUAUUAAUAAGUAUUUUUUAGUUGUGAUUAAAAAUGUGCAAAAUCUAUUAUAAGAUAAUUAACAUAAUAUUUGGUUUUUCUUACCUUAAAGUUAUUGUUAGUCGUUCUUCAGCUGAUAUACAUUGUCUCAUCACUGUAUUUUUGCGUGUCAACUCUGGUUUUACAAUGGAAAGCAAUUCACAAAACGUCGAAUAAGACAUUCUAUAACAACUUCUGAAUUUGAGAUCAUAGUUUUUUAGUAUUUUAAACGUUGUUACAUGAUGUCCACAGAGUAAUCUUUCUUUAUUAAAUGGGUGCAUCCAAUAUUGACGCUGCUUUCGUUGCCUACGCUUCGGCUGCUUACGUAAAAGCAGCACUAAAGACAACGUGACUAAUGUUGCUUCAACGGAGUCCAUCUUGCAACUGUAGCUAUCGCAGGUAUUUUUGUGCCGUUACUGAAUCGCGUUUGCAUCGCGACAGAAGCGCGAAAGUAUCGCGUUUGUAUCGCGACUGAAUCUGGGCCCGUGGGCGAGGGCACACAGCUAGCGACUGCUUCGCUACUGUAUCGAUGUGGACGCGCGACACCAUCGCGACAGCAUCGCUACAAAAAGUCGCCGUGGGCGAGGGGCCUA